AUGUUGAAGACAAACAGAAGCACUGUUGGAGGCUUCUUCCUGGCAGGUCGAGCUAUGACCUGGUGGCCGAUGGGCGCCUCUCUGUUUGCAAGCAACAUUGGCAGUGGCCACUUUGUGGGCCUGGCUGGGACAGGUGCAGCCUCAGGAAUUGCUGUUACCGCAUUUGAAUCACAUUCGUUUCUCUUGUUGCUGGUUCUGGGGUGGUUCUUUGUCCCCAUCUACAUCAAGGCAGGGUCAAACAUAUUUUCUGGAGCCAUAUUCAUAAAGCUGGCAUUUGGACUGGACCUUUACCUGUCGAUCUUCAUCCUUUUGGCUAUCACUGCUGUUUUCACAAUCACUGGGGGCUUGGCAUCUGUGAUUUACACAGAUACCCUCCAGGCCAUUAUCAUGCUGAUUGGAUCUUUCAUCCUCAUGGUGUUUGUUGUGUCAGGGGACAACCUGACAAUCAGCCCCAAGUGCUACACUCCUCAGCCGGACUCCUUCCACAUCUUCCGAGAUGCUGUCACUGGAGACAUUCCAUGGCCAGGAACUGCAUUUGGAAUGGUUAUUACAGCUAUGUGGUACUGGUGCACAGACCAAGUAAGUGAAUAAGUGUGUGUGUGUGGGAAGCAUCUAGUACACAUAGUGUUCCAGAUUUCCUGUAUAUUUUGUGGGUUUGGAGACAUAUUGCCUUGGCUGUUACUGGUUUUCAGCAUACUAAACUCACCUCUGAAUAUCUCCUCAGAUAUGGUGGCCUGUGUUGUGCCUUCUGAGUGUGUAAAGCAGUGUGGUGUUGACAUUGGUUGCACUAACUAUGCCUACCCAACAAUGGUGCUGAAACUGAUGCCCAUGGGACUUCGAGGCCUGAUGCUGUCAGUCAUGGUGGCCUCUCUCAUGAGUUCCCUGACCUCCAUCUUCAACAGCGCCAGCACCCUCUUCACCAUCGACCUCUACACCAAGAUUCGGAAGAAGGCAUCUGAGAGAGAGCUCCUGAUCGCUGGACGGCUGUUUGUCACUGUAUUAAUUGUCACCAGCAUCUUGUGGGUCCCAAUAGUAGAAGUAUCUCAAGGUGGACAACUGAUCCACUAUACAGAAUCAAUUUCUAGCUACCUUGGGCCUCCUAUUGCAGCUGUCUUCCUGCUUGGCAUCUUCUGUAAAAGGGUCAAUGAACAAGGUGCAUUCUGGGGUCUGAUGGUUGGACUUGUGAUGGGCCUUAUCCGUAUGAUUCCCGAGUUUUCUUAUGGGACAGGGAGUUGCCUGGUCACCACUAACUGUCCCAAGAUCAUCUGUGGAGUGCACUAUCUAUAUUAUGCCAUCAUUCUCUUUUUCGUGUCUGUGUUGGUUAUCCUGGGAGUUUCUUUGUUAACAAAACCCAUUCCUGAUGUACAUGUGAGUAAUGCACAAACUAGUAGUUCUUUGCUUUCAUAAUUUGCAUAAUGGCAACUUCAGUUAAU